AGCAGUGAGUGGAGGACAGAGUAAACACAUGUGCUGAUCUCAGAACUGCGGUCCGCGGCGGUGAGAGGGCAGCUCGGGGAGACAGGGGCUCUAAUCGGGGUGUGAGGAGGUGCUGGUGGUGGGAUGUGAGUGUGAGGAGGUGGUGUAACUGGUUAGUGGGGCAGUCCGGGGGAAGGCGGGUCCUGGAGGUUUGAAAUCAGAUCGCAGCUUCCCCAGCUGGAGCAGAGAGAGGCGUGUGAGCGGAAUCCUGUUCCUGGAGAGAGAGACAGCUUCCCGUUCUGGGGGCCUUUUUUCUCCGCAGCGCGCGCUCAGUCUACAGGAAAUGAGCGGUGAGCGGGGAACCGGACAGCGGCUCGCCCCUCUCUCUUUCUCUCUCUGUGUGAACUGAGUCCAUAAAGCGCCUCCAGCAGUCCUAAUCCGGCCCUCACUGCCGCCGCCGCGCGGAGCCGCUGGAGGAGGUCAGGGGCAGCAGCAGCAGCAGGAGGCUGGGGUUGAUCUGGAGUCUUUCACUGUGAUCUCUGGGGACAUGAGCUGACACCACUCUGGCCUGGCUUUUGUGCUGUGCUCUGUGCAACACAACUCCCUCUCAACCUCAGAGCCAACCUCCUCUCCUUCAUACAGAACACAGAGACUAUACACACACACACACACACACACAUAUACACACUGUGGUGUUGGCAGAGUGGCGGGCAUUGAGGCUCCGCGAGAUGGCUCCGCUGAGGAAUGUAAGAUGUCGGUGCUCCAAAAGGGGUUGGUGAGUCUGGGGGUGCUGGUACUGGCAGCUGGAGUAUGCAUCACCGCGUACGCAGGCAUUGUCGGCUUGGCUGUGUGCAGCCUAGGCCUCGUCAUUCUGAUCUCCUCCUUCUGCAAUGUUAUGAAGUCCAACAGUCACCUGACCAUUCCAGGUCACUUUCUGCUCCACCCACGCACUGGCACCCGCUACACCUAUGAGCAGGCUGUCGCUCUGCAGAGGAGGCUGGACAGGAUCCGUAGAGCAUCAGCAGAAGAGCGGCGCUCCAUUCAGCACUGCCCUACAACACCCAGCCUCCACAGCCUGCCUGAUACACCACCUCCUUGGGAUAUGGAGCCCCCGCCCCCCUAUGAGACUGUCAUGAAGACCACUACACCCCUCAACCAGCUAUGACCGUGUGAUGGUGAUGCUUACAUAUGUUACGAGCUGAAUGCUAGCAAAGUGGUUAACUAAACAAGUUGCUUGUAAGUAUUUAGCAUUUGUAUUGUCUGUAAAUUACUCAGGCUGAAGGAGAACCACAAGUGACCGCUGACUUUCGCCACGUCUUAUAUUCCUUCUCAUGUCUUCGUCAUAUAUAUUUGACUCACUGCUGUUCAUAUGGCUUUGAAAAACCACUUAAAAGGAAGUUUUUUAUUCCAGCCACUGCAGGAAACUGUGGUAUUCUUGUCAGACUGUUUAACAUGGAAAUCUCUGAAGACGGUAAAUGAGUCAUUAGUAGGAGUUACCAAGCUGUGGUUUUAAAAAGGGAGUGGGAAAUGUCAGAGUGUGCUGAUUUCCCUGCUCUAAACGGAGCUACUAAACCUGGCAGUUAACAGGUUAAUUGAAUCAGGUAAACCAAACUGUGCAGGAAUCUGGCCCUCCAGAAUUGCCCAGCCCUGUUUUACAGGUUUUAUUGUUUUUUAGGAAGUAGCAACCCUGGCUUAGGGUCAGUAAACUAGAUCCACUAAAAUUGACUCAGGACAGUUUCUGGCCUAUAAAUGAGAAAUGGCUGUGUGUUUAGCACAUCAUUUGUUUUCUCAGUUGAUCAGGUUUUACACCAGGCAAAAAAUAUAACAUAUACAUUUAAUGUAUUAAACAAAUAAGGCAGUACACACAGUACAGGUCUAGCUGUUGUAUUGGUUAAGUGCCUUAAGGUUUGUAAUGGUGUGCAGUGCAGAUAAUCUGGCAGACUCUGAGUGGAGAAGAAAAGUGAAGUAAAGCUUACGUGUACCAUGCCUGGGAGAAACAUUUCAGAAACAAGUGCAGAGUGUUGAUUUAAUAAAUAGAUCAAAUUAUGGACCAGGACUGAAAUAAGACAUUAGUUUGAUAUUGCAUUUUGGUAAAUAAAAAAAUACAUUGUUUUAUAGUUUAUUUCUCAUUUUGAGAAAAAAUUUGCUUUGACAUACUUUGGAGUAUUUUGACAAGUUCCUGUUUUCAGCUGGCUCUAAUGCUAGUGGGAAAUCUAAGAGGGCGUUUACAUGCUUUCCAGCAAAGUGAUGACAGAUAGCAGACAGAUAGUCUUAUGUUUCCAUGAUUCAGCCAAUAAGAGAUUGUGUGGGGUGGGGAGACAUCAGCUGCCACUCCCAAUUUCAUGUCUUAAUCAGUUUGGCCUUGAUCUCCGUCCACAAACACAAUAACAAAAAACUAGCAACACAUGUCAUUGCAUUAAUGUGUUGUAUGAACAUAACAUAAGAAAGGAUAAAACUUUAACAUUACUCUGGUGAUUACACUACAAAAUAAUAGUUCACCCCAAAAUCUAUACUCAUUAUGUUUAUUAGCCUUUCCAUUGAUUGCAUUAUAAAUGUAUAUGAAAUGAAAAAAGGGCAUAAUUAAUCUAUGUUAUCUAAUCUAAGUAUAACAGCCUUUCCAUGGCAGUAAACACAUGCAUUUACACUAGUUAUUAUGAAUGUUGGGGAAGAAGAAGGUUGUGUUCAUUUCUGCCAGGCCAGGGGUCUGAAUUUCUGACCUAACAGUCCCAGUUCUGCUUCUAUAAGUUUCACACCACAGCCCUUAACUCCUUAUUUUUUUCCCAUAAUCAUUUUACAAUGAUUAAAACACUUAAAACCAGCCACUGAAAUUGGUGUAUUAGAAGCCACAAGAAAAAAAACACUUGGACAUGGACAAACUGAAAGAAAUGCUAAAAUAAUAAUCCUAGCUGAAAGCCUCUGCAGUGUUACAUCCUGUGUAUUCACCCCAAUAGUGCCUAUAUUUUUAAAAAGUGAAAAUAAAUAAUGGCUAUUGCCUUUGGACCUUUACUCAGUUUAAUAACUGUUACAGUUUAAUAUCAGAGAGCACCAUGUAUGUUAUUUAAGAAUAUUUUUUUUUUUU